AUGCCACCACAACAAGCCUGGGCAUCGCGCCAAUUCCAAGACUGCGACUCGGAUGGAAAAUCACGCGCCGUGCAAUGCAAAUGGUGCAUAGAGAAANAAGUCGCCUACAACAGCACGUCGCGCAAGACUUCACACCUUAAACAAUGCGUCGCCUUCAACGAACACGUCGUUCAACUCGUUGAAAGCGAGAAUGCCGGCGGCUACGUUUGUCGCGAGCUCGAGCUGAUGCCUGCUGUUGUCUUGGAAGCUGUGCUCGACCAGACGGGCUGCAGGAGACUCCAACAAGGCCAUGCGGGACAAGGCGCCGUAGGCAUGGGAGCCGUGAAUCCCAAUCUCGGUGCCCAAGCCGCUGCUGUGCUGUAUGGCAAUGGCAACGUCGGUGCCCCGAGAAUGAACGGCAUGAACGAGACUCCUCGCUCUGAGCGACCAACUCCUUCAUCAGCACUUCGCACUGGCGCAAACCCCAUUUCUCACGCGUCGACUCCUUCAACCGUACCACAACGCGGUCCUGCCAACUUCAACCGCGCCCAGAUCGACAGGGCUUUUGCGUCUGCUCUCAACCACCCUUCGACCACAUCCCCAGCACUACAAGCCCACCAAACGCCCAAUCAGUCCGGACUGCAGCCACCCAAUGGCCCAGAUGUGUCGAGUCUACUUGGCUCAUUCAAUUCCUCGACAGACCCGCGAAUCUCAGAUGCCCUACGUCUUUUGGACAAAGACACACGGGUGAGAAUUGCAAGAGAGUUGUUGGAUGAGGCAUACGAAGGCGUGAAAAGAGCAGUGGACAACUACAUUGAGAAACAACAAUACCUCAAUGCCAUUCUAGAGGAUGGUGCCGAGUUGGGUGCUGAUGACCAGGGACGCUAG